AUGCCAUUGGCUCCACUCGGUGAUCCGUUCGGUUUGACUCCAGAGGAUGUCAAUGUUACUCCAUCACCGGAACAACCCGUCAAGCAGGUGCGGGCUUUGCGAAUUUUUACCAAAAUGUUCAAAGACACAUUUUUGCAUUCGAAAAGAUAA